UUGCCCCGACGACGCGGAGAUGCCGGUCGAGGCCAGUGGCGCCCCCUUGCGGCCGGAUAACGCGUAUGUGUUUGUGAACACGUGGGCGGAGUGCGAGGCAAUCAUCAGCCAACACAAGAAGGAGGUCGGGGUGGAAUACAACGUCUAUUCGAAGGACAGGAACUUUGGGAGAGACGACUGGAAGAAGAACGUGGGGAAGUGUCGGGUGCACUGGUGUCUGCGACGGAGGAAGGAGGACGGACAGAACCAGGACAGCACGCGUAAGACCGUCAUCAUCGACGGUGAUGGCGUGCCCUUCCUCUACCUCGGCGAGAAGGUUCACAUGUGUGAGUACAGCUUUUGCUGCUACUGCAAUUAA